AUGUCUUCAUCCUCCAGGGUCGUAGUACACCAAACCAAGAAGAAGAUCCAAAAGUCCACAUCCCUGUUUUGGACAAAAGCAGUUGAUCUGCAGUUCUGGGAGUCCACGUCUCUGUCGUCUCUGGACGCGUCGGGGUCUCGGCUCAGGUUCUGGCUCCAGCAGUGCCUCCUCGUCUUCGUGUCGUCCACACCGGUCACAGGGUCUCGCUCAUCACAAGCGCUCCGUCUCGCGGCGUGUCCAGCUACUCGUCCUCUCUCUCUGCCACUUAACAACCAGCAGGUGGACGACUGCUUGCAUCAUCAGAGUCAGUCUGGACGUGGACAACGGGACAUGUACAAGAGCAUACUGGUCACGAGUCAGGAUAAGACUCCAGCAGUCGUGAGGAAAGCCAUGGUCAAACACAACCUGGACCGCGAGCGAGCCGAGGAUUAUGAGCUGGUUCAGAAGAUCAGUGAGGAAAAGGAGCUGAAGAUCCCCGGACAAUGCAAUGUUUUUUACGCCAUGAACUCCACGGCCAAACUAUGACUUUGUCUUGAGAAGAGGUUCCCGAGAGCAGGCCGAACCAAACAUGUGUCCAGCUCCACGCUGCCCCGAAUGAAGCAGAAAGGUCUGAAGAUCGCCAAGGGAAUUCUUCUGAAUCCCAAACUCUUGUGCAGGAGCUGG